AUGCCUCAAAACGAUUAUAUUGAGCGUCAUAUCAAGCAGCAUGGUCGUCGUCUCGAUUAUGAGGAAAGAAAGAGGAAGCGUGAGGCCAGAGAGGUCCACAAGGUAGCAGAGAAGGCUCAGAAGCUGACUGGUUGGAAGGGUAAGCAGUUUGCCAAGAAGCGUUAUGCCGAAAAGGUUGCUAUGCGUAAGAAGAUCAAGGCUCAUGAACAGUCCAAGGCUAAGGGUAGCAGCAAGCCAUUGGCUGAUAACGGUGAAGCUUUGCCAACUUAUCUGUUAGACAGAGAGCAGACCAAUACUGCAAAGGCCAUCUCUUCUUCCAUUAAACAGAAGAGGUUGGAGAAGGCAGACAAGUUUUCUGUUCCUCUCCCUAAGGUUCGUGGUAUCAGUGAAGAAGAGAUGUUCAAGGUUGUGAAAACCGGUAAGUCCAAGUCCAAGUCCUGGAAGAGAAUGAUCACAAAACAUACAUUUGUUGGUGAAGGUUUCACUAGAAGACCAGUAAAGAUGGAAAGAAUUAUCAGACCAAGUGCACUAAGACAGAAGAAAGCUAACGUCACACAUCCCGAAUUGGGAGUGACGGUUUUCCUUCCAAUACUGGGAGUCAAGAAGAAUCCACAAUCUCCUAUGUACACUCAACUAGGUGUUCUAACAAAGGGUACUAUUAUUGAAGUAAAUGUCUCUGAACUGGGUAUGGUUACCUCGGGUGGUAAGGUAGUUUGGGGUAAGUAUGCUCAAAUCACCAAUGAGCCUGAUAGAGAUGGUUGUGUUAACGCUAUUCUUCUGGUAUAA